CCUUUCCCCACUGCUGGUGGGUGGGAAAAACUGUUGCGGAAAAUCGUUCACCAUUCGUCAACGGGCUGUGAGCUCACGCGGAUUAAUUCCACAAGCUUUCGGCAGCUUCCUCGCCGGUGCGGCGCGGCAGUUUAGUUCCCCCGGACCGAUUUGUGCCGAUCCAAAGUUGCGCGUGAUUAACGGGCUGAAUUAUUAAAAGUGUCAGGAUUUACGACCAAAAUCCCGACCGGCCGCGCGCCCCCGGGAUGGAUGUGAUACAGUUUAAACUGCCGAACGGAUUCCAGCCCAAAUCGAAGGUGUACCGGAGACGGAAGAUAUCCCGCUGUUUGUGGAUCACACCGGAUACGCUGUUUACGCUGUGUGAGGUUGCACUCCGGAAGCUACUGUUGUCGGUGGUUCCGCGGCGGAAGUUCUGGGCUACCGUCAUUUCUCUAUUGCCACGCGAAACCGCCCGGAGCACCGUUUGGCAUCAGGUGCACUGUCCAUGGGAAUUCAACCGACAUCAGCGCACUAUCGUCAACUACGCCAACCACUGGUCGCUCCUGUCGGCCACCGUUCAGCAGCGGAACCUGUCGGCGACCAACAUUCGCAUCGGCUCGCUGGUCCGGAACAGAAUCACCCAGUUGCUGCUGGAUCUGGACUACUGCAGCAGCAGCGGGAGUGACGUUGGCAUGUCCCACCAGCAAACGGUACGGUUCGGCUCGCCCUUGCAGCAACAGGACCCCUUCGAACAGGCCGAGGAAGAGCUCAGCGAACGGUUGGCGGUACGGUCGGCAGCGGCGCACAUGGAAGUGUCGUCCAGGGCCAAGCUGCUGCACCCGGAGGGCUCCCGGUGCAAUUGCUGCAGAAGCUGCGGACACCGUAGCGAUUGCAAAGUGGCACUUGCUCCCAGCUGCCGACCGCUGUUGAGCAAGGAACAGGCCGUCCAGCAGCUGAUAGUGAUGGGGCACGGUACGACACGCAGCAGUUGUCACGUUCAAAUUAACGACGAUUCCGACCUCUGCGGCUGCUGUCAGGCGAGAAUGUAAUCUUGCACUGCUGUAGGCGUGCGUCGGAUGGGUUGGAUAGUGCCACACCGCGUUGUGCUACACACAGGAUUCUUGAUGAGGUUGCUUCACCCAAGUGUGGACAUCAACGGAUAGCCAUUUCAAUAGAUAAUUAUGUAUCGUAAUUAAGGACGAACAUGAAAUUCUUGCAACAUUCCCCAAUAGCUCUGU